GCACUUAGUAUAUAUACAUGGCUAAAAUGUGGCAGGGAAUCGUGUGGAGCUGGGCUUUCUGCCUCGUCGGAUUGGCGGGUUUCGGCCUCGCCAACAAUCUCGCCGGCUACGAAGGCUACACCAAAUACACAGUGCAACAUGGUGAUGAGGAUGCCUUCCGGUACAUGGUGGAUCUGCAGACGAACGACGCGGAGCUGGACUUCUGGCUGCUGACCAGGAACUCAUCGGUGCUGACGGUGAGCCCCAAGCGGAAGAACCAGUUCGAGGCCCGGCUCUCUAGUUUGGAUGUCAACUACGAGAUGCAGCCCCUGAUGGAGCUGAUGGCUGCCCUUCAGGCCAACAGCUCCUAUGCCGAGGAUAACUUCGAUGGGGAGUACGAGGAGUGCCAGCAGGAGGAUUGCGAGGAGGCGGAGCGUCCUCGUCGAAGGACUCGUCGCCAGGCCCGCGGCUUUUUCUCGCACUAUCCCCGAUACCACGAAGUCCUCAGCUUCAUGAGCGGAUUGGCCACCAGAUAUCCACAGUACUGUCGCUACGAAUCCCUGGGCCGCUCCAAUGAGGGUCGCCACAUAGCUGCUCUGUCGAUUUCUCUGAACAGCAGGGUUCGAUCCCGCCGAGUGGCCUAUAUUCAGGCAGCCACCCACGGAAGGGAGUGGAUCACCACGCAGACGGUACUCUAUUUGGCCUACGAGCUGCUUACCAAUCUGCGGGCCUUCACAAGGGUUCUGCAGGAUGUUGAGAUUUUUCUAGUGCCUUUGGUCAAUCCCGAUGGCUAUGAAUACACCCACACGACGGAUCGUUUCUGGCGCAAGAAUCGUCAUCGUUAUGCGGGUCAUUCCUGCUCCGGCGUGGAUAUCAACCGUAACUUUGGAAACCACUGGAACUACCAGGGAGCCAGUCAAAACCUCUGCUCGGAGGUUUACUCGGGUACAGCGCCCAAUUCGGAGCCAGAGACCUCGGCCGUGGUGCGAUAUCUGGAAUUCAAUCGAAACCGUGUGAAACUCAGCCUGGAUGUUCACUCAUUUGGCAAAUUCAUUUUUUAUCCCUACGGCUAUGCGAAAAACACCGUGCCACCCACCGUGGGAACGCUGCGUUCGGUGGCUCUGAGGGCCGCCAACCAGAUCGGCAGGUACCGCGGCACCCGCUACACCACCGGCACCUCAGCCUCGAUUUUGUACGAGGCCUCCGGCAGCCUGGACGACUUCGCCUAUGGCAACCUGGGAAUCCCUCUGUCCUACACGCUCGAGCUGCCCGGUGACGAGUUCCACGUGCCCGCCCACGACAUCAUCCACGUCUGCAAGGAGACCUUCGCCGGCUUCAUCGAGUUCAUCCGGCACGUCAGCCUCUACUAGAUGAGGCUCCUGCAUUUCCUAAGCUGUUUAAGCAAUUGAAUUUAUUGUUUGUUUAACUUAAAAUAAUU